AUGGGAGCUGCGGAGGCGGCGGCGGCUGCGGCAGCGGCGGCGGCUGCUGCGGCGGCGGCGGCGGGAGGUGGGGUGGAGCGACGGUACCACGAGAGGAUGGCGGAUCGCUUCGAGAACAGCAUGUUGAGAGCUGCGGGAAGGCGAACACUCGGGUUCGGAUGGGAGCGACCGGCUCCGGCGGCGGCAGGGGAGCGAAGGUACCACGAGAGGGUGGUGGAUCACUUCGAGAACCCUCGGAACUUCGGAUCGUUUGAGAAGAACGAUCCCUCGGUUGGGACGGGGCUCGUCGGCUCGCCAGCAUGCGGCCAUGUGAUGCAGCUCCAGAUCAAGGUUGACGAUGCCACCGGGAAGAUCGUGGACGCCCGCUACCAGACCUUUGGUUGCGUCGCCGCCAUUGCAUCAUCUUCUGUCGCUACAGCAUGGGUGAAGGGGAAAAAUCUAGAGGAAGUGAUAUCCAUCAAAAACAAAGAAAUUGCUGAGUACCUUUUUCUUCCCCCGGUGAAGUUCCAGUGCAGCGUGUUGUCAGAGGACGCAAUCAAAGCGGCUGUGGAAGACUACCAAGCAAAGAAAGCCAAGGCAGCUGCUGAAAAUUCCGAAGCGGAUGCAGGAUCAAUUGAGAAGGCUGCAAAUGUCUGAACAAAUCACUUUCCAAUGGGCUACUUUUCUUUAAAAUUGAAUAUCUAUUAUUCAUUAUAAAAAAAUCUGAUAAAGACUCUUUAUUAUGUUUUAUUCAUUAAUUAAAUUUACUUGUACCUUCAAUUUUAUUAUACUUGUUAAGUUAAUAACAACAAUUGUGUAAAAAAACUAAAAUUUUAAGUUAUACACAAGCAUGUAAAACUCCAUAUAAGAUAUUGCAAGAUUCAAAAUUCAUACCUCUUUUGUGAUUCUAAUGC